AUUAUCGACCAACGAAAUCACAACUACAGGAAUCUUAAAUGCGUCUGCACAACUCUUUGGAAUUUUAUUAAUUUCGUUGAUGGACACGUUAGAAAACUUAAAUAAAAAAUUUACAAUGGAACUUUCGAAUUGGGUUUUGUUUGUGAUGGUAAUCGGUGGAUUUGGGUUGUUGUUUUUGAUUUCACCAACAGAAAAUGAGAGUUAUGAUAGAAAUGAAGAAAACUAG